CAGGCCUAGUGCUCAUUUACUGGGCCGCUUAAACAGGCCAGACCAUAACAAAACUCGCCCUCCCGCCUGGGGGGAUUUUGGAGGCUGGCGGAGGUAGAACUCCACGAAGGUGAACCCGCCGACGGCGAACUUCUUAAUACACGCCGAAUUCUGAAACUGUUAUCAAUCCAAGUGCUUGCUUAGUCAUUUGCUUAUUUCCCCCCUGCAUCAACGAACUAGCGCCCUCCGCUUGUUCCACAAUUGGUGCAAGUGAUACACCGAGGGAGGGAUUAAGAAACAAAGGAGAAGAAAACGAGGGAUUUGAUUCUCUGUUUGAUUCCGAUGGCGCCGAGAUGGAAAGGCAGGACGGCGGAGGCGAAAGCUCUCGCAGAUCCCAUGUCGAAAAUCGUCUCCGACCUCCAGUCUUCCCUCCUUCAAUCAGACGCUCACGCUUCACUCUCGGGAAGCAACGCGCUCCUGCCCGUAGAGCCCCAACACGCCGAGAUUCUCACUCGCGCCUGUUUCGGCCGGCCCAUCAUCACCGCCGAUAAGGUCAAUCAAUGGUUUCAGCUGAGUCUAGAGGAAGCAUUCUAUCUUUCCCACCAUCUGGGUUGCCUCAAAAUCACCCACCACCAAGGUACGACUUGCACCAUUGCAGAGCUAUGGCAGUACAUGAAAUCCAAGAUUGCGAAUUUCCCACACUACUAUAAAGCUUACUCCUAUCUUCGAACCAAGAACUGGGUGGUCAGGCCAGGGUCGCAGUAUGGCGUCGAUUUUGUGGCGUAUCGUCACCACCCGUCCCUGGUUCACUCCGAAUACGCUGUGAUUGUUUUAUCAGAAGGGGGGAGUAGUAGUGAUGAUGGUGUGGAUGGGAGAUUGAUGGUCUGGUCUGAUCUCUACUGCACAAUUCGACUCUGUGGAAGCGUGGCGAAGACAUUGUUGGUGCUUACCGUGAAUAAAAACGGUCAUGGGACUGUUUCUCCGACGGCUUUGGAUGGAUACUCGGUCGAAGAACGGUCGAUCAGAAGAUGGAGUGCAGAACAGAACCGUGAGGAUCCAGUGGCUGCGGCAAAUGGGACCAAAUAUGAUAUUUAGCCACUUUGGUUUUCCAUAUGUACCAGCCUCAAGAAGCGUUGCUUCUGCAUUCCGAGCAGCUUUGCGGGAAUCAUUUGAGUUUAUGUUUAGGAACACGCGUGUGAUGCAGAGAGAUUUUGCAGAGACCUAAGUCCCGGUGAGAUGGAAUCUCGAACUCGAGCACACAGCAAGUGAUUACUGGAGUUACAGCGUGGGAAGCAGCACUACAUACUUCACUUAAUUCAAGUCGACUAGAACUGGUCGUGGUCCAUGGCAGAAGAGGAGUAAACUUGUGAAUGGCUCUAUUUAUGGAUAGAAUCGAAACAUCUUUUCGUGGGCCGAUGAAUGGUUUGGUAUGACGAUGCAAGAAAACGCCAACUCGAACUAAGGAGUGAUUCUGCAUUGAACCAGUUAAAGGAAACUGAUGGCAAAGGCAGGGGAUUUGAAUAAGUACCCGUGACAGUGGUGGAGGAUUCUAAAUUAGAUGUGUCCAUUUUCUUGAAUUGGUGUUUUAAUCAUGUUCAGUAGUUGAGCUUUCAUGUAAGAGUUGAACUUCCAUAUGAGGAUCUCCUUCACCAUCUUGGCUAG